GUUCCAGGGUCCCAGCGGCACAUCCCCACUCAGAAAUUCCCAAAGUACCUCCCCCGGGGGUAGUAAAUGUGGUGUUUAAAUGGAAAUAGACAAUAAUCAAACGCAGAAGGGCAAUUUCUAAAAAUAAUUCAAAAGAAUACAGUUCAGAAAGCAAUAUUUUCCAAUAACCAGGAUCUAACUUAAGAAAUGAACGUAUACAACCAGAAGCAUAUCAACAUACAACAUCCAGCGAAUAUUGAUUACCUCUCCCCUCCCCCAGAUGGUAAAAUUCUGCAGCUUCUGCUCGCAGCGAGGCACAGUGUAAACAAGAUGGCCGGAGCGGAAGGCAGACUGAGGUUCAAAGUUUAUCUUGAUGAGGGACAGAGAGUAGCUGAAAUAUUUGUUACGCCAACCACAAAAUGCCAAGAUAUUGUGCAAAGACUUCAGCGGCAGAUACAGGAGCCAGAUUGCUUUCUUAUAGAAGUUUGGCAAGGAUGUGAGCGCCUUGUGCCUGAUAACGAGUUGAUCCUCAGCACGCUACUUGAAUGGGGUAGUGACCUGGAUGAUGUGAAAUUUUACCUUCGCCCAAGGGAGGACACACCUUCUUAUUCACAAGUUGUGAAUGGACCACCAGCUCAGAGAGUUAAUGGCUUCAAAGAAGAACCACCACUUUCAAGAGAUGUGCUUUUAGGUGGCAGUAGAACUUCCGUUAACGACCUUAAAGAACUGGCUGCCAGACAACAGCAAGAGAUCGCAGCCAAAGAAAAAGAGCUGAAAGCGAGACAAGUACAGUUAAUGGCGAUGAAAAGAAAAUCGCAAAGCAAACCUCAGAAUCCAUAUAUACAGCAGUUAUCGGCAAAGGCCGAUGAACAAGAUAAGCGACUGAAAGAAUUGCGGCAUGUACAGGAUCAAGUGGACUCUUACAAACUUAGCAAUAGUGCUUUAGCUGAGGAGCUGGACAACGUUCGUUCCUUGUUCAUGGAAAAAGAGAAAGAGCUGGCUAUCGCCGUGGCUAAAGUUGAAAGUCUCACUCAGCAACUGGAUAAACAAAGAAAAGGCUGGUCCCAGUCGUCUCCGAGUCGAGAGAAAACACACCAAGAGCUGGAGCUGGAAAGACUUAGGAAGGAGUUAAUGACAAGGAAUGAACUUAACCACCAGCAGAGCGUUCAGAUCCAGUCACAGAAACAACUUCUCGCUGAAAAACACAAAGAAUUGUUUGAACUCGAUGCUCAGAUCGAUAGAUACACCAACGACUUGCGGCAAAAACGAUCACAGAACAACCACAUCAACCCACCAAACUCUCGCUUAAAUGGUGCUGCCUCGCCCACAGACGAGCAAAACUUUGAUGACAUGGAUUACAGUAAUUUUGCUAGUUCACCGAAGCAAACGAACAAAACUAACAAAACGGACUCCAACUCGACGGGAAGUUUACCUGCUACUUCUGGUUCCUUCCGCGGGCGUGCGCGUAACUCCAGGAAGUUAGAAACGUUGCUCGAAGUAGAGGAAGAAAUCUCUGAUGGUCACGCAAGUAAUAAGUCUUCCACGGAAGAUCUCACGCAAGGACCAGGACCUCCUAGAGCGUCACGCGUGACGGCGCUGAAGUCACGCUUUGAGGCUGAAGGAGCUAACGAAGGCGGGAAGCGUUGGAAUUCCCACAAUACAGAGUCAAGAGUUAACAAAGAGUUUGCGUCGUCUGCAAAAUUGUCAAACGGUUCUUCUACUCCAGCGCGCCGCAUAUCACCCGAAGGAGUAGAAACUCCACCAUCUCCCGCACCUGAAAUGUUUGACCUUGACGCUGUCCAUUCAGUUUCAGAAGAGAGAGAAAAACCUUCCUACAGUAUGGAUGAGUUCGUGGACAUUUCAUCCUUGAGAAUAAAGUCACCCGGACAAGAUGAAGUAGAAAAUAUGGAGACACAGAAUGCAACAGUGCAAGAGAACGCGUUCGCGGUCCCGCACUCCUUAGAAAUAAAGAAUAUUUUGGGUGAAUUAGAUUUCAAAAGUGAAGAACCUUCUUGUAGUACGCAGAGUUCUACUCCCAGCGAUGGAGGUGACCUCUCCGGACCUAGUUCACCCUCGUCGCUUUCGUCUUCGUCCUCUAUCUCGUCAAAUUCUACCAGUCCAGCUAAAACUGCGAUUUUUGCGAUCACGGGUGUUGCUAAGAAGCCCAAUAGCUUUCCUCGUCUUUCAGAUCCGCCUCAACAACGAAUCGCAGAAACAGGUAGCAAAGCUUUACCUUUAGAAGGUCUCCAAGGGCUUAAAACUGCUGAACAUCAGUAUGCUCUUCAAAGAUUAUCUUCUAACACUAAGGACUUGGAGCCUUUAAACUCAAAACCAGAGAAACCAAGUAGUGGUGUUUUAACUGGCGAGAGAAGCGCUGAAGAUUUCCCAUUACAAACUCGUCUGGUUAAAUCGGAAGCCAUUCCGACUAAGAACGAAAAUGUCGGUUCUAUAGCGCGGGCGACCGUGCUAGAUUUUUCGAGAACUGGGACGAAACCCAAACGAUUUGGUGAAAUGAGUAUAAAGCAAAACGAAGCGAGUGUUAGUAGCGAUGCACAAAAAACGCUCAGAUUUGCUGAGAUGAAGGCUUUGGAUACGAAACCUGAGCAAAUUAGUGGCACAGCUGCGAAGGAAAGAGAUGAAUCUAGUAUUAGCGAUGGCAAACAAGUUUCCAGUGUGGCGGGAGUCAGAGCUACAGACUCUUUGGUGAAAACAGGGAAGGUACAAUUGUCGCGGCUUCGAUUCCUGACACCUGCCGCGCUCAAUAACACAACACCGCAACAAGAGGCUAUGUUUAACAGCGUGUCACAGACACGCCUUGACAGAAAAGUAGAGGCAAAGAAGCCAGUGGAUUCUCCAUUCGAAACAAGCAAGAGAACUUUAGCGAAUGCCCCUUUGCCAUGGGUUGCGCAAAAUUCUAACAGGGCGAACGAUUUUAAGUCCCCGCCUGGUGUUCUAGAAUCAAACGUUGAUGACAAACCUGAACACGCUUUAAACAAUGAUGAAACCGAUAACGCAAAAAGGUUGCCUCAUGAAAACAUCGCUGGUACAGAAACCGCCAACUUGCCACUAAUUUUCAAACCAAUAUCUUUCCGUGCAAAGAAACUGGCUUCUCAGCAAAGUAGCCCGAACACAUCUGAUACUCGAUCGCAGGUCGCUUCCCCGAUUUCCAACUCGAUAUCCAUUCGUGGUCAGUCGUCGUCGCUUACGAAGAUCACGGUAACUCCAGCUGCUUCGUAUUAUUCCGCGAGGAACUCGACGAACAUUCCCGAGAAACGCUCGCCGGUUCCGACGAGCAAACGACAAAGGUUUUUUCACCGAGACAUGGCUCCGACUUAUCCCGAAGUGAAAGAACUGCUCGAAAGUGACGAACCAAGUAAUGACUCUUCGCUCGAUAAACAACAACACGAGAAAUCUGUAGACAAAGAAAGGUUGGAUAAAGAAACUACGCUUACAAAUCGAGAGCAAGUGAACAAGCCAAGAAAAGCACCUCGCCUAGAUGCUAAGCAAGUCGUCUCGUCUUUCAAUAUACAACUAUCAAGUCAAAGUCGGAAGCAGACUGAAGAGCAGAAAGCAGCCUCCCCAUCUUCUGAAGAAAGCAAUAUAUCCCAUGCUUCGGAAGAGAAACGACUUUAUGACAAAAACGUUCAUCCAAGUUCCGAAAGUAGUGAAAUUCGUUUCGAAAGUAGCCAACUUCAUUACGACGGAGGACGACUAGGUUCCGAAAGUGGCCGACUUCAUUACGAUGGUGGACGACUAGAUUCCGAAAAUGGUCGGGUUCAUAACGAAAAUGGUGAAACGGUUAGUGGAGGUGAUUUGAGAAAAAGUCACCCUGAACGAGAGCCUUUGUCCAUAAAUGUGUUUACGUCAAGUCUUCUUAAACCGCUUUUGCCCUCGAAACAAAUUUCAGAUCUGCAAAAAGCUGAAGAAACAUUUCGUUUGAGUAAUGCUGCGCAAAAGUUUACGAGUUCAUCUGACGAGGAGCUAUCCCAAAAAAGUGAAUUAUCUCCCACAGGAACUCGACCAAGUAAUAACAAGGACGUUAUGCUUUUAGAAAGAACACCAGCAAGUGAUCAUUUUCGGCAAAACAUUGUAACAAAAGAGAUUAAAACAGUAAAAGACUUUUCGCUUAAGGUUACGGAUGUUGAUACCGGGACACCUGUGGCUAUCAACGUAAAUAUUGGACUUACUAAGCAGUCACAUAACCCCGUAUCAGACCAGUCAUCGAUUGCUAUGAAAAACUUCCCGGUUGCGGCGAAAUCUGACAUUAACGCGAAACCUGUAUUAGCGAAUAGAAAUAUUGCUACAAGAGAAUCCGCUGAGGUGGCUCAAGCACCUGCGCAGAUCGAUAGAAGGAAGAAGGCGCGUCACGUCAGUCUUGAUCCACACGCUGUGCUUCUGGACGCGGCGGUUGAGGGAGAGCUAGAUCUAGUUAAACGAGUUAUUCGCGAGGUGGACAAUCCUAGUAAACCCAACACUGAUGGCAUCACAGCUCUUCAUAACGCCGUCUGCGCAAGUCAUGACGAAGUGGUUCAUUUCCUCGUGGAAUACGGCGCCGAUAUCAACUCUCCGGACUCGCACGGCUGGACUCCUCUCCACUGCGCCGCCGCCAACAACGCCACAGAAAUGGCUCGCUUUCUAAUUGAACAUGGCGCGUGUAUUUUUGCCGCUACCUCACUGGAGAAGAAAACUCCUCUGCAAUGUUGUGAGCGAGGUCUGCCUGGCUAUUUCAACUGUAUGAAAUAUUUGAACGAUGUACAGGAAACCUUUGGACUGGCUAACGAAGGUCGUGUUUAUGCGCUGUAUAACUACUCGGCUAACGAGCAAGACGAGUUGAGUUUUGAGUACGGCGAAGAGUUACUGGUGCUGAAACGGGGAGAUGCGACCGAGAGGGAAUGGUGGUGGGCCCAGAACAAGAACGGGGAGACUGGGUACAUACCGAGAAAUUUGCUCGGGAUAACAGCCAGAAUUUCGCCUGAAGUGCCCUGAGGUCGGACAGCAAAGAUGGAUAAUAAGACGCCAUUCAAACGUCGUUUCGUCAACAGAUAGACCUGUUUUUACGGCUUGUAAACGUGGUUUAACAAGGGUAGCUGUUCAUGAAAUCUGGUUUUGACUAUUCUUAAAUACCGUCUAAACUCUGUUUGAAUAGUAGGUCUUUGGUAUUUCAGUUCUUUGGUAACAAAAUCUUUUGAAGAUUGUUGGAUUGAUAAAUUUUAUCGCGAUUUGCGAAGGCGUUUUUAAUUUCACGGCUUCCUUUGAAAAGUGAAUCAUAGCAAAUAGAGUUUAAAAGAAAAUGUAAAGAAACAAAACGAAAUUGUUCAGUUAGUUAGUUAGCGUACCAUUGAUUCUCCAUGGAGUCAUUGACAAAUAUUGAACAUCUUUUUAUUGUUUUCCAUACUUCUAGCCAAUCAGAAACCGGGUUUGUCACGAAAGCAGAGAACAACCUCGUUCCCAGAGAUAAGAUGAGAGACCCUGGGAACAAGGUUGAGCAGAGCAUUCAAAGUGGCCACGUUCUGCGAAAUCGCACGUGCACUAAUUGCACGUGAAAUAAUUGUACGUGCACGCGAGGAGACAAUUAUUGUGCUCGAUUUUUUGGGGGCGGAGAAUUGAGAAAACAUAUCGAAAGAUGUCACAUGAACUAAUACUGAAAACAACAGCGAGUAGCUAUUUAGUAAAAAGAAGUAAUAAAUUAUUAUUUAUAAUGCAGAACUGAAGCAGGAAAUAACGAUCCUUGUUUGAUUAUUUUAAAUCACCUCAUCUGAAAAUAUUUAUAGAUUAAAAGUAGGUUAUUUAUUUUUUAACAGGAGAGUUUUGUAGCAUAUGUAUUUCUAAGCAGAGAGGCAAGUUAAUAAUCAGAAAACAAGAUCUUGAUUUUUGUGGCAAGGGUGUUUGCACGAAAAAAACGUUAUUUCUAAAGAACUAAUUAUUCAAAUUAAAAAUGAUAAUUACAGUAGUCAGAGUGAAGAAACAUCGUUCUUUUAAAAAAUAAAAAAAAGGUCGCCAAGCGCGUAUAAUGAUCAAGAAAAAGUAAUUUCAGUUUCUGAAAAACAGUGAUAUUUAAUGAUGAAUUGCUAGGUAACUUAACCCCAAAGUAUAUUUUAGGUAGUACAAAAUCUUAGAUGAAACCUUGCAUUGUUUUAUCACUUUCGACUUCACUGAUGUGAACAUAAAUUAUAACUUUAAUAAUGGAUUUAUAAA